AAUGUCUAGUAUAUACGCUCUUAGCAUAAUGUCUAGUAUAUACGCUCUUAACGUAAUGUCUAGUAUAUACGCUCUUAACGUAAUAUCUAGUAUAUACGCUCUUCAGGCGGGACUAAUGGUUCCUUAGCAACGCUUGGCUCCUCGCGCGCGGUGGCGGUCGUUUCAACAUGGCGGCGGCGGCGAAAAGUGGAGCUUCGGGGAUAUGUUGGAUGAAUGGCGUGUCAGAUGAUGAGCAGCCUUUGGUGUUUGUUGCUGGAGAGGGCGGAGAGGGCAAGACUCGGACCCCUUUCGGGUUGAGAUCCGGCAGAGCCAGCAGCAAGAGAGGGACCACGAUGCGAGCCAGGCGAAGUUCUGACUGCAACAACGAGGCCAGGCCAAAGAAACAGGGCCACUUCGGAAGCGAGCCGUCCGGGAAGCAUACCAAGGAACCAGUGUGGGUCCGCCACAGUGCGGCUGCAGUGUCAGAGCAUGCUCCUUCAGCCAGGGGUACUCUCCUCCCCUCUGCACAGGUAAUCUCUGCAGCCAGCAGCGCUAAGAGCCAGGUCUGUUUGAAGGACCUCUGUCCUGAAGAUAAGCGCCGGAUUGCAAACCUUAUUGAAGAACUAGCCAGAGUGAGCGAGGAGAAAGAAGAGUCAGUGCAGCGUCUGAAACAUGAACAGGAACAUUUUGAGUGCAACAUCCAGAAGUUGGAGCAACAGAACCUGAUCAUUGGGCGGGAGAGGGAGAGCCUGCAGCAGCAGUACAUAGAGUGCCAGGAGCUGCUCGGACUAUACCAACAAUACCUUUCUCAGCAAAAGGCCAAACUUAACCAGUCCAUUUCCCAGCUCAGCCAGGCCCCCGCCCAUAGCAGGGUGCUCAGCAGUGAGGAAGCCCCCAGCAGAAGCUCACCCCUGGAUGGCUCGUACCUCGACCUCGCUGCUGAGCGAGCUCCACGGCCUCAAGGUGGCGGAGGAAGAGAAGCGGCACCGGCCCAGAGCCACCGCGCCCCUCUGGCCUGUGAGGGGGAGUUCAGUCCAACGGACGGCCCCACCACACAGCAGAGGACUCACAAGAGGGAGUGCAGGGAGUCCCACCGCAGAUGGAAGCACGGCCCGGGCAGCGGUCUAGAGAACGGCCACCAUGACGCCUUGAAGCAGCUCGAGUGUGAAAGUGGGAUGCCCAAUGGCUCCCAGGCCCAUGGAGCCCUGACCAGACCUCUGCUGGGUCACGAGGACUGGGAGGAGAAAAGGCACCAGGUCCUGCUGCAGAAGAUGCAGCUGGAGAUGGAGAGGGAGGUGCUGCAGGCCCGGCUGGCUGAGCAGGAGGAGCGGCUCAGCAGACAGAGUCAGGAGCUGCAUCAGUCGCGUCUCGACUCCAGCAGGUUUCAACAAGCAGCUCAAUCUGAGCUCAGUGGAGAGCCACAGCCGGACCACCAAGAUGUACCCUCCAAUGUGUGUGUAGGAGCAGAGGUUCAGCCUGCAGGACCUCACACGGCUCCUCUGGAGAAAGAAGCCUCGGAGCCGUACAGAAAGGACGUGGCCACGUCUCCUGCUCAGACCUCACCCAGCCCGAGUAAGACCACCUCGGUGUCUGUGAUCCCAAAGACUCCUGAGGCCAGGUUGGACUUCUCCCUGGUGGAGUUACUGGACGUCUUCAGUCCCGUCUCGGUCACUGAGCUGAGCGCGCCGUCGUCUCGAAGACUCGACGCGUCCCAACGGCGGCUCGUCGGCCUCAAACCGGCGGGCAGAGCCCCGCUCACCCCCGCUGGGUCUCAUCCUCAGAGCAGACGGCAGGACCUGGAAGAAAGCCAAAUACUGGAGGACAUCUUCUUCAUUUGCUGACGCAGAACAAAGUGUGUCCAGUCACAUUCACCCCUCUUGUUCCUGAUUUCUUUUGUAUACAUUUAAUUUUCAGCUGACGUUCUAAAACAGAAUAAUUAUGAUGUUGUAGAUUGUACUUUUGUUAUGCUGUGGUUUUAAUACAAAUAAACAUAUUUAUUCAGAA